GGGUUUUUAGAGUGGAUUCUACACAACAAGCGUAGCCAUUACAGCUGAGAGAGCGAACAAAGAAGGGUGGAACAUCUAAAGCAGAGCUGUGGUGAAAAGUAACGAAAAAUUGGUUAAGAAAAGUGUGAAACUGGAAUAUUUAAAGAACAAUAAAUUGAAAUACCGAGUUAUAUCAAAGAAAUUUUAAUACGGUAACAGAAAAAUUUGGUGUAAAACAACGACAGCUGUUGUAAACAAGUUACGGAAAACUCAGAAAAUUUUAUGACAAUUGUAAACAUUGAGUAUGAAAAUUGAAUUAAGAAGUGCAGUGGAUUUUCUGUCAAAUUUCAUCAGGAUUUCAAAGUAUGUAACGGACGAGCAACUAUGUAACUUCAGGGAAUCAUUACUCGACUUACUCCAAAACAAGUAUGAAAAUCAUUGGUUUCCAGAGAAGCCAUGCAAAGGAAGUGGAUAUAGGUGUAUUAGACUGAAUCACAAUAUGGACCCAACAGUCAGGGAAGCAGGGUCAGCUUGUGGACUUAAUCAGAAAGCUCUAGAAGACAUUUUACCUAAGGAAUUAACAAUGUGGGUAGACCCAAAGGAAGUUUCGUAUAGGUUGGGUGAAAAUGGAAGUAUAGGCAUUAUAUUUGAUGGAACCGUCCGAAUUAACUCAUUCUACGCCAGUCCUGCCUCACAUAACAGAUUGCAGCACUCCUGUAAGGGGAAAGUAUUUAUAUCUAGAGACAACUUUCAGCAAAUGCCAACUUUAGUUCAGGGCUGAGCAGGUGGAUUUUCAGACAUUCAUUUUGUUCAUUAAAUUCCAGUAUUUUGAUCACGACCUCAUUUAAUCUCAAAGGACAUUGAAAACGGGAACAAAACUUUUGUUUGUGCAGUAUUUAUGGAACUUAUUGUGAGUGUGCAUGUGAAAACUUCGAGAAAAUGGUUGUUAUUGUGGAAGUGCUAGGGAGUGUGUGAUUUGAAUUAUAGAUCAAAAUGUUUACCUCUAAACACAAUUUGUAUGAUAUAUCAUUCAAUGAUAUUGAUAUUUUGAUCAAUUGAAAUGCCACAACCAUUUAAUGGGACAGAAUUUGUACAUUAUUCACAGUUAUUUUUUUAAUUGUGCAAAGCAAUGUCUUUCAUCAAUUUUUGUCAUGUCCCUAUGAUCUCGAAAUCAAUUUUUCUUGUUAUAUUAAUGUAAUGUGUAUAAAUAAUGCGAUGUUAUAUUAUAAAUGGCAAAGCAUAUUGUACCUUAAUGAUCUAAGGUAACUAUUUGUUUAAAAAUGUGUAAAAAAAACAAAAAAAAAAAGAAAAAAUAGAAAUGAAUAUUGAUUUAAUAUAAAUUCAGCAAAUUUAA